AAGGAAGAUUUGGAUCUUGGAGAGAUAUUAGAAUUCAAACAAUUGAAACAAAUGAUCUAAUCAAUUUUUACUCAUCGCUGUUUUGGAGAGAAAUUAGAAUUCAAUUUGGCGCGACAAUUCCUCUACCGUUAAAAACCUGCAGAAAGCACCGAGCUCUGUUUCCGACGGGUUGAAGAUUUUGAAUUUACAGCUCCAAACCCCAACGGGAAAAAGACUUUCAAAUCAUCUAAAAAAGCCCUCUCAAUACCAGACUUACUUCCGCAACUUAUAUUCAUUCCAUUUCUCUUCCUGUUUAUUUCCAGGGUUUCUGUUUCUUGAGUAGUCGAAACCCCGGGCUACUAAAUGCAGUGAAGGAGAGCCCCUGAUUUUGAAGAAAUUUGAUAGUCUGAGCCAUGUUUUCACCGGCUCCGAGGAAAUCGAGCGCUGGACGUCGGAGUGAGAACUAUGGAGGUACGCGCACCCCGUCGACGCCUGUGUCCACGACGAUGCCAGGGAGGCCCUCCACUGGCACACCCGCUCCUUGGACUUCGCGUCUCUCCACCAUCGUCAGAACUCCAUCAGUGAAGAAAACAGGUAAGGCUUCUGGGACAGAUCAUAUUCAACCUGUGUUUGUAGGUGAGUUUCCUCAGCAGGUUCGAAAUGCUCAAGUAGAAUGGCUGAAAACUCUUGCACCAGGCACAACAGAUACUUCAGGGUUCUCUGGUGGUAUGGACAGGAAGACAGGGAUAUGCUGGAUGUUCUUUGGAAGGCAAGUAUUUGUAUGGAGUUACUUGUCUGGCAAUGCUCCUCAAGGAUGUGUUUGCCUUGAGAUCCCUUCAGAGAUUUUGUCACUGGAAGAAGAUGAGAUCUGUGCUAAACAUGGUAAUGGUUGGAUAGUCUCAGUGAUUCAGUGGGAGGAUGGGAUGCAUGCAGAUACAGAGAGUAUUGUAAAACAUUGCAACUCUGUAGGUAUUCUUAUGUGCAGUCAGAAAAGCCUAGCUGUUGCAUAUUGGCCUGAUAUAUUUACAGCCAAUAAUAACACCCCAGUUGUGUGCUUUUUGAUGGAGAAUGAGCCUGAUGGUGGCAACAUGCUGCUUGAUGCAAGAGUUGCUAGCAGUCGCGGGUUGAAAACUCAAUGGGCUGGUAGCAUUAGCAGCUCUGACACCACUGUAGUAAACUCCAUGGUUGCUUCUCCAAUUCCAGGAUCUAUUUCAUUUGAGUGCAUUGCCAUAGUAUGCCAGUCAAAUGCUGAAUUGUGGCGUCUUGAGUGUAAUUCCAAUUGUAUUAGUUACCAACGAGUUAGACAUGAUAAAGAAGCUAAGAUAGCAUAUACCCGUUCUAUAAUUUGGCGAUGGCCUAGUAUUGUUUCUAAAGAGAAAAGAGCAGAAUUCUUUCUUUUGACAGAUCAUGAAAUUCAGUGCUGGAAUGUUGAGCUUAGGCCUAAGGGAGAUGUUUCAAAACUGUGGUCAUAUGAAAUUCUCAGCACAGGAGAUGCAGAAAUAAAAAAAGACCUGGCUGGCCAGAAGCGUGUUUGGCUAUUAGAUAUGCAGGUAAAUGAUGGUGGAAAGGAAAUUACUGUGCUUGUUGCAUCUUUUUGCAAGGACAGAAUAAGUAGUUCAAGUUACACACAAUAUUCUCUUCUAACAUUGCAUUACAAGUCAUCUGGACAAAAGAUGGGUGAAGGCCCUGAGUUGACUUCUGAAAAACUUUUGGAAAGAAAGGCUCCAGUUCAAGUGAUUCUCCCCAAGGCACGAGUAGAAACAGAAGAUUUCCUCUUUUCGAUGCGUUUACGGGUAGGAGGCAAGCCAGCGGGAUCUACAAUGAUAUUAUCUGGGGAUGGAACGGCAACGGUUGCUCACUAUUGGAAUCAAGCCAUGCGACUGUAUCAGUUUGAUUUGCCAUGGGAUGCAGGAAAGGUUCUAGAUGCAUCAAUUAUUCCUACUGUUGAAGAUGGUGAGGAAGGCUCCUGGGUAGUUCUUACAGAGAAGGCAGGUUUGUGGGCCAUCCCUGAAAAAGCUGUUGUGCUUGGUAGUGUUGAACCGCCGGAGCGAAGCUUGUCCCGGAAGGGAAGCUCCAAUGAAGAAGCUACAGAUGGAGAAAGGCGGAGUCUAGCAUAUGGAGGAAAUUUUACUUUUCAAAGACAAGGUUCUGAGGCAACGGAAACCCAAGAUAGCAGAGAAAAAGAAAUACCAAGAGGAUUUAGCCAUCGUACUGCCCAAGAUGAGGAAACGGAAGCUUUAAUUUGGAACCUAUUCCAAAAUUUUCUUAAGUCUGGGGAAACUGAAGGAGCAUUUGAAAAGCUUCAUCAAGCAGGUGCAUUUGAAAGGGAAGGGGAAAUGAAUGUAUUUACCCGCGCAAGUAAAAUAAUCGUUGACACACUUGCAAAACAGUGGGCAACAAGCAGAGGAGCAAACAUAGUAGUCAUGGCUGCGAUAUCUUCCCAGCUAUUAGAGAAGCAACGCCGUCACCAGCAGUUUCUGCAGUUUCUAGCUGCAUCCAACUGCCAUAAUGAACUACAAAAGAGGCAGAGGCAAGCUCUACAAACAAUAAUGGGACAUGGUGAAAAACUCGCUGCCAUGAUCCAUCUUAGGGAAUUACAUAAUGCAGCUGCCCAGGCCAGGCCUCUAAACAAACUGGAAUCUCCCCCUAUAGAGUCCAAGCCCAGUGAAGUCAGUGGUUCUCUUUGGGAUCUUGUUCAGGUAGUUGGUGAGAAAACUCGCCGGGACAAUGUAAUGCUGAUGGAUAGAGAGAAGGCUGAAGUGUUUUACAGUCGGGUUUCAUACUUGGAGGAGCUCUUUUUGUGUGUUAACCAGCAUCUAUCUUAUGUCAUUGGAAGGGAGUUGCCACUUAGGCUGCAAAUUGAACGUCUUUGUCAAGUCUCAAUUGCUUGCACAGGUCUUGUACGGACUGCCAUUCACUAUAGAGAUGUUCAACAUUCAUGGUAUCCAUCACCGGAAGGAUUAACACCUUGGUAUUGUGAACCAAAUGUGAGGGCUGGACUUUGGAAGGUGGCUUCAGUUCUUUUUGAAUUGAAAACAGAAGCAGAUGUUUCAGAGCCUUCAAUGAGGUCAGCAUUAAUUGUGCAGCUUGAAGAGUUGACAGAUGUUUUAUUGGAAGCUUAUGCUGGUGCUCUUACUGCCAAAAUAGAACGCGAGGAAGAAUAUCGUGGUCUCCAGGGUGAAUAUUGGAGCAGGAGGGAUGUUCUUCUUAAUGCAUUAUAUCAACAUCUGAAAGACACUGCAGAAGCUGCCUGCCAGGAUGCUAAUGGUGGUGAUCAAGGAGAACAAAGAAGACAAGAAAUACUAAGAAGCCAUUCUAAAUCCUUAAUUGCACUUGCUCGACGCCAUGCAGGCUACCAGACAUUGUGGGAUAUUUGCUCUGAUCUUGGGGACAUGAAUUACCUCCGAAGCCUUAUGCAUGAGAGUAUGGGUCUCAAAGAAGGUCGAUUCAGCAAUUAUGUCUUUGAACAAUGUUAUAAAAACCACCAGUAUGCUAAGCUUCUCAGAUUGGGAGAGGAGUUCCAGGGAGAACUAGCUACAUUUCUUCAAAAGCACAAGAACAUACUUUGGCUUCAUGAAAUCUUCCAAAAUCAUUUCACAUCAGCUUCUAGCACUCUCCAUACAUUUGCUCUUUCAUCCGAAGAUGAGAUCACCACAUCAAUUGAUGAGCCAACAGAAGUUUGUGAUAAGAAGGCACAUUUAUCACUUUCUGAACGGAGACGCUUGUUAAAUCUUGCAAAGAUAGCUGCUUUAGCAGGUGGAGAACCUGGUUUGGAAGAAAAGGUGGAAUGUCUCAAUGCUGAUUUGCAGAUUCUAAAAGUUCAGGAAGAAGUGUAUCAGAUGGGUUUUUCUGGUGGUGAGGUACUUAAUCCAAGACAGUUAGUGGAGAUCUGCCUGAAAAAUGAUCAUCGAGAGCUUGUUUUGAGGGCAUUUGAUGUGUUUGCUUGGACUGGAAAUGCUUUCAGGAGGAACAAUAAAAGUCUUCUUGAAAAUGCUUGGAUUCGUGUGGCUGAUAUGGAUAACUGGGCCAGAAUCAGUCAGUCAUCGAAGGAAGAAGGAUGGAGUGAUGAUCAAAACCUGCAAAUGUUGGAGAAUACAGCACUCUUCAAUUGCUCAAAUAGGUGCUAUGGUACUGAAAGCAGCCUUUGUUAUGAAGGUUCAUUCCAGGAAGUACUGCCUUUGUUGAUAGAGGAUGCUGAGCUGUCAAACAUUAAAGAUGCAGAUACAGGUAAGUGGUCAGUAGAGGCAAUUCUCAUGCAGCAUCCAGAUUUCCCAGAGGCGGGUCAAUUAAUGUUGACAGCAAUUAGGGCAGGAAAGUUUAUUGGAGCUGGCUUGGAUGCUGAAGAUGCUGACCCAAUGUCAGACUAAACAUACUGGCCGUGAACUUGUGCAGGUUGGUUGUUCUGUUUGACACUAACUGACACUAUUCAGAAGAGGGAUAAGAUGACGGAUAGGAAAGGGUAUAUAUUUCUCGAAUCUGGGUAGAUUUCUGUUACAUAUAUGUUGGUUAAUUUGGAAAAGCAAAUGAAUCUUCCCUUAUCUUGGAAUGUCACCUUUGGGAGGAUGUUAAUGUGGCAUCGAUGUCAAUACCAUUUAGGAUGGCAUAUCUGUUUGUUAUGUUAUUGUAACGUCUACGGAUUUGUAAUUGCCAUCAAAGCUGCACUGAGAAGGACAAAUUUAAAUUUGUUUGGUUUAGUAACAAAUUUUGGGCAGUGAAUUGCUUAAGCAUUCGUAACCAUUGGCUCUUUGGCUCUGUUGUGACUUUGAGAUGGAAGAAGCGUUAAUAAAGGCCUUGUAAAAUUUUGACCAGAUUUUGUUGUAUAUGUGAACUGAAAAAUGUUCCAAUAGAAAUAUAUUCAUUUCAGUGGAAGUGAAUUGUAAACAUUGAACAUCAAAUUAUGUAGAUGAGUUAUUGAAAGUUUUAAACAACAAUAAUUGUCUUUGAAGCA